UGCUGCUGAGCUAGAUGAGUCAGACAACGCCAGCGUCGGCUGGGACGCUUUCAGGCAGACCGAGGCGAACAAAAAACACAGCGACCAGCAGUCUAGACUGUGCAAGGCUAAGCUCGCUUCAGAGGGAUUCGUUUCGCAAACACAAAAAGGGUUUUUGCUGUCUUUCAUUUAUGGUGGACGGAUACGCAAACUGUUGCAGAUUGACCGAGUAGCUCACAUCAACCAUGAGCGGGGUACUCAAGAGAAAGCUGGACAAGGUGGAUGAGGACCCUUGCUACUCUUCCUCCUCCCCCUCUUCCUCCUCAGGAUGGGAGUCGGACGGGGAGAGCUCCUCCCCCGAGACCCUGGACUCCAGGCCCCACAAUCCCAGCGCCUUUCCAGCUCAUUUCUCCACUACAUCAAUCUUGAAGAGAGCCAAGCGGAUCCGGAGAAACAACGUGCAAUUCGACCAGGUCACUGUGUUCUUCUUCCCGCGCUGCCAGGGCUUCACCAGCGUGGCCAGCAGGGGGGGCUGCACCCUGGGCAUGGGCAGGCAGCACAGCGCCUGCAGGCGGUACACGCUGUCUGAGUUUGCACAGGAGCAGCAGCACCUCCGCCGAGAGAAGCUCAAGGAUCGUCUCCGGGAGGAGAAACUGGAAGUCCUUAAGCAAGAGCUAAUUAAAAAUGGUGCUGCGCAGUCCAAAGAGGCGGCCCAGCUGACGCUGGAUGAUGUGUCUGAAGAUGACAUUGACGUUAGCGGAGUGGACUUUGAGGGUGGCUUCUUCCUCCACCCCUAUCCAUCCAAGAGACGGCAUGCGCUGCUGAAGGCUGCCGGUGUCAAGAAGAUCGACAAGGAGGAGAAGCGCGAGCUACACGCCAUCAGGCUCUCCCGGGAGGACUGCGGCUGCGACUGCCAGGGCUUCUGCGAGCCCGAGACAUGCAGCUGCAGCCUGGCAGGGAUCAAGUGCCAGAUGGAUCAUUCUUCAUUUCCCUGUGGCUGCACAAAGGAUGGCUGUGGGAACACACAGGGCCGGAUUGAGUUCAACUCAAGCCGCGUACAGACACACUACAUCCAUACCAUCAUGAAGCUGGAGCUGGAGAAGAGGCUGGAGGAGAGCACUGACACCGGGGAGCAGUGUGAGAGGAGGCAGUGGCUGGAGGAGAGCACUGACACCGGGGAGCAGUGUGAGAGGAGGCAGUGGCUGGAGGAGAGCACUGACACCGGGGAGCAGUGUGAGAGGAGGCAGUGGCUGGAGGAGAGCACUGACACCGGGGAGCAGUGUGAGAGGAGGCAGUGGCUGGAGGAGAGCACUGACACCGGGGAGCAGUGUGAGAGGAGGCAGUGGCUGGAGGAGAGCACUGACACCGGGGAGCAGUGUGAGAGGAGGCAGUGGCUGGAGGAGAGCACUGACACCGGGGAGCAGUGUGAGAGGAGGCAGUGGCUGGAGGAGAGCACUGACACCGGGGAGCAGUGUGAGAGGAGGCAGUGGCUGGAGGAGAGCACUGACACCGGGGAGCAGUGUGAGAGGAGGCAGUGGCUGGAGGAGAGCACUGACACUGGGGAGCAGUGUGAGAGGAGGCAGCAGCUGAGCCCCUUUGUUUUCCAGUCGGAGGAGGAGCUCCGGGCUGUUUCCGCCAGCCCCAACUUUCACUUUAGCGCCAAACUGGACCCUAUCGGAGAGAACAGCUGCAGCAGCGACAUGACAGACUCCUCCAGCUCCUCGAGCCAGAGCGAGUACUCCUCGGGGCUGUGUGCUGGCAGCAGCAAUCCUCAGCCUGACAAGCCACAGUCUGAUGUGGAUGAUAAUGGUCUGGCUAGGAUUCUCAGCUUCAAUGACUGUGACAAUGAGGACUGCAGUAGCAGCAGCAGUGGUGACAGCUGUGACUGUCGGCGACAGGUGAACUUUGGCUGCUUCAACACCUUGGACUUCUUUAAUGAUAACAUUGUCGAGGACCCCCAACGCAACACGAAUGGUGGGGACAGCAGUAGCAGACAUGUGUGUGGGCACAUGUCCAGCAUUUCAGAGUGCUUGGAUGAAAACGCCAACCAAGACACUACGAUGUUCCACAGCAGUGGCUCAAGCCAGGCAUUCCCCAGCACCCCGUCCCCUUCGAUCGAUCAUUCGUCUCCGAGCUACAUGGACCUCAGCCUGUCUUCGGACUCGGAUUUCGAGUUCUUCCAUGGAUUUCCGGACUAUAGCCCUGGUUCUCUUUAUAACUCCUUGAAGGAAUAUGAGAAUCUGGACAGCUUUCUUCAGUUCCAGCUCCCCAGCUUCCCCCAAAACGGGGACCCCGGCACGUGCUUUUUGGAGUCUCUGAUUGGUGUGUCGGAACCUGUCCCAGAACCCCCUGCUGCUUUCACAGACAAUCAGCUCCUUGAAGAAGCCAUCAAGUCGUCAGUAAUGGAAUCUGUGAUGGUGUAAAACACGAUGCAGUUUCAAUCUUUACAAAAACCAUUUCUAAAGAGAAACUCCUUUAAUAAGGACUGUAUAUAUGGGGUUUUUUACAUUUGACAUUUUAUUGGAAGACUUGAUUGAUUUUAAGAAAGCUGUGAUUUUUUUUUUUUUUAAAUGUGUAAAGAUAUUUCUUAUUUAGCCUCCAAAAAAUGUAGUACGAAUCAAACUGUGCAAACUGGCAGCUAACACACAUUCUACUCAAGCUCUCUGGCCUUUUCUGUAACCCAAGGGCUGCAGAUAAAUCUCAGAAGGCUGGGAGAUUUUGUUUUUUUUUACAAUGACUCUUUAGUCAAGUUCUGAGUGCAUUUGUUGUAAAAGCUGCCAUGUGUGUAUAUAAUGUUUAAUUUUUCAUUUUGUUGCUAGUAUUUUAUUUCAAGAAACAUUAUUAUUAUUAUUAUUAUUAUUAUUAUUAUUAUUAUAUUAUUAUUAUUAUUAUUAUUAUUAUUAUUAUAUUUUGUCCUAAACUUGCAUUCAGAGUGCAUCUAAAAGGCAUCUUAAGAAGGAAUAUUAAGUGCAACCACAGACUUCUCCUUGGGUUUAAUGUUAAUCGGGGCACCGCUGUCCUUAUAGCGGCUUACAAAAAAAUCUCAAAUGCUGUGAUAGCUGUGUGCGAUUCUCUAUUGCUAGAGCCAUUUGCUGUGUUCACCGCGGCUGCUGGUUUUGUUACCUGGUGCUUUUUAAAAGCCGCUAUAAAGAUGAACAGUAGAGCUGCUGUUUGGGCAGCUUCACUAUCAUGCCAUUUCAGAUACUUUACCCCUGGCAAACAUUGAGCUCUAUUUUAACAACACGAAACCUGUCGCAUGGUACUCGCAUUUCCUUUGAUGUGUUGAGAUACUCUGGAGCAGCACAUGUGUUUUGGAGUUGUGGUGUUUGUGUACAGCACUGCUCUGAGUUACAGCAAUCAUUAAUAUGAACAUUUCUAUUUAUUACAAGCAUAAUGCUUUGAAACUUCACGUGUGUAACAAACUAUAAUCUGUAAUACCUCAAGUAUUACAUCUUCUAAUUUAUUUUAUGCAACUUCUCUGUAUUUAUUCAGAAGAACGGAGGCUCUGAGGCUUUGUUAGGUGGGCUUUUUGAAAGUGCAAUCUUGUUUUUUAGUAGCACCGUCCCAAAACUAAACACUGCUUUCCUCAACCAUUUACCUUUCUUUAAUGAAACUUACCGGUCUAGCUUCUGUGGAAUCUGAUCUCAGAAAAACUAAUCUUGGAUGGGGAGGCAUAUGAGACGCCCAUCGAGUUGACCGGGGGGUGUUUUAGUGAGAAACCGGGAAAUUAUAAAUGUUUGUCGCAUUGUUUUAGUACAUUUGGAUUUAAAUUAUUGGGUUCUAAUUUAUUUAAUUAGUGCUUUGGUCUCUGUCCAGGGUGGCCCAGUCUUGUGCCUGUUAUGCAGAGGAACCAUCUACAGCAGCCCGCACAAUCCAGGGGGCUCUGUUUACUGUGGGACUGUGCAAUUGGUUCUUGGUCAUUUUACUUUUCAAAAUGCAAAGUAAAAUGUUGAGUUAUAGGGGUCGAUUUGUGCUUCAUGUACAAUGUGUCAAAUAUUCAGAAUUUUUAUAAAUAAAUUGCAUAUAGAAUCAAAAUUAACCUGUAUUAAGAAAAUCAGACUAUUUUAGAAGGAAUCACAUUUGUCUUUUUAAAAUACCUUUUGUGCUAAAAAAAUAAAUGAAAAUAAACUAUUUUGCAAAUUCUGAAAGAUUUGUAAUAUAUAAUAAACUAUUUUAUUUGAUAGUAAUGAAGGUUGUUGUUGUCAAGCAUUUAACCUCUAUGUGACUGUCAGGAAGGAUUCAUGUAUUUUUAAAAGUUUGUUUUGUGAACUGCAUCAACACCAGUGCUUCAUUCUUCAGUGUAAGGUUGGGGCAAAAGAUUUUGCACCGUGGCCAUGUUACCCUCAACAGGCUUAUUGAUUUGGCAAUUCUCAGAACAAAAAUAUAUGCAAACAUUUUUUAAAAAUCUUAAGGCAUUGCAACACUUUGAUGCAUAUAUUGCAGGGUUUACAAUCCAGUGAUCUGGUGUCUAUUUUGUAGUUUUUACUAUCAAUAAGCAGUUGAAGAAUGAUAAUCUCUGUCCUGUCCCUAAACAGUCAGAAGUUACUGUAUACAGUGGACUGUUCAAACUGCUGAGGCACUACUACAUAUCCAAACGGUACUAAAUUCCAUUUACAAAAGGCUUUGUAUUUGACAGGCAUUCAGUAUAUGCUGGCUCUUGCAUGUGCUGUUAGUCGCUCAUUCCUAGGGAUCUCUGCACAGAGCCGAUCUGCAGUAUGAUCUGCUGCAGGUACGACUGCUUUGCUGCCUCGCUUUUGUAGAAUUUAUUAGGUUUUUUGUGUUUGUGCCAACAAGAGGGCACCAGGUUCUGUAAAAAAAAAAAAUGCUUCUGAAGAAAACCUGGAUAUUUAUUAAUGUGAUCCAAUUCUGAUUUUAUUGUUUUGUGUUGAUCUUGGAGCUGUUUAUUUCACAAUUACCUUAUUUCUGCCUUUUUAUAUAUUGUAAAUAUUUCUUUUUGUUAUAAUUUGCUUAAAAAGGUACUGCAGAGCAGCAAAAAAAACAGAAACUAUUUUUUACAUUCCUUGUAAAGAAUGCAUUCUGUUUUAUAAACGCUGCUCAUUUCAUCCAAGUAAUAUGAAGACAUCUCUAUUACUUUAAAUAAAAAAAAUGAUUGUUGGAAA